AUGUUGUCUAACAAAGAGAUGAACGAUAAAAUCAACGCCCGGAUGAUGGAAAAGACCCUCACCCGGGACAAGAUCAAGACUGAGAAGGAGAUCGCAGCCCUGAAGAAGCGCAUCCUCGAGCUUCUCAAAAAAGGUCGCAUCUCUGAGGCCGAGAUGGAAACCGACACCCUUGCCUCGAUGGAAUCCAUACUCGAGGUGCAGCACAUGAACGUCCUAGAAGCAAAGCGCGCCACCGCUCAGCUCGCCACCGCCGCCGCCACCCGCAAGCGCCUCGAGAUGAACGCGCGCAUGUCCAAAAUCAACAAUGGUGCCAACUCAAACGCCUUCAAGAUGCUCGAAGCCAUCGAGGCCGACAAGGCUCAGAAGGAGCAGGCCGCUAUGAGCCAGCGCAUCUAUAUGGAGGCCAUGACUGAGGGCUCUGGCACGCAGGUACCACACGCCCGUCGCCAGGAGCUCUGGGCACAGAUGCUCGACGAGGCCGGCGUCGACGUCGGCGAGCGCUUGAGCGAGGCCCAGGUCAGCACCAGGGAGCCCGAGAGGGAGAGUGCCCCCGAAGAACCAACGCCCGAGGUCGAGAGCGACUUGAACGAGCGCUUGAGGAGUCUGCGGGCCAUGUGA